AAGAGCCUCCUUAGCAUAUUUCAGACGUCAGUCGCAAGGUGAAGGGUGCUUCGUGCUUCCGUCGGGGGAUUAAUGACUUCGAAGGAAAGAGGAAGUAGAAAGAAAGACCAUUGCUACAUCACUGGGUAAAGCUGAACGUGAAAAAGCUGGAGGCUGAACGAGAAGGCAGCGCUCUCAACAGGACAGCACUACAGUCUGGCAGCAAUUUAGAGUUAUUGUCAUAUCGAGAAAAGGAACGAUCAAGCCACAUGCAGCAUCACUGACGCGUUAUUAAAUUAUUUCUCUAAGCCCAACAAUCAUGGAGAAGGGACGGAUGAAGCUUUACGCUGCGUUUCUGGCAGUCCUGAUCGCCGUUGCAGUCAUUGUCGGUGUCUCAGUCCACUAUGGAACAAAAGCUAACAACGACAGCGCAGAAAAAGGUAAAGUUGUAAACCCGUCUCCAAAGCCCCAGUCCACUGCAAAGCCAACGCCAUCACGACCGCCAAACGCCGCUAAAGUGUUUGCCAAGGCGGCGGUAGCAACGGAUCAUGAGCUCUGCUCAAAUAUCGGCAAGGACAUUCUAAAGCAACACGGCUCUGCAGUCGAUUCUUUGAUUGCCUCGUUGAUAUGUGUCGGUGCUGUCAAUCUUCAUUCUACUGGAAUUGGCGGUGGUGGUUUCAUGGUCGUUUAUAAUAGGAAAGAGAAGAAGGCUGAAACAUUCGACUAUAGGGAGACGGGACCCGCCACCAUGACAGUUGACAUUUUCAAUGCCGAUCCAAAUUUGGGUAAAGUAGGAGGAAAUGCGGUUGGUGUUCCUGGGGAAAUCCGUGGAUUGCGAGCAGCAUUUAACAAGUAUGGGCAAUUGCCAUGGAGAAAGUUAUUCCAACCAACAAUUGAUCUCUGUAGAAAGGGAUUUCCUAUCGGAAAGGCCCUUUACGAAAAUAUGAAGAAAUACAGAACUACCAUUCAAAAAGAUCCUGGCUUAAGAGAACUCCUCUUCCAAGCUGACGGCACAACUCUACUCGCUGAAGGGUCGAUUCUAAAACGCGUAAAGCUGGCUAAUACUCUUGAAAAAUUAAGUCUUAUGCCCGAUGAUAUGUACAGUGGAGAUGUAGGAAAACAGUUCAUAACUGACGUCAGAAAUGCAGGGGGUAUUAUGUCAAUGGAAGAUCUAAUAGGAUACAAGGUCCUUGAGAAGCAACCUCUAGUAAACAAACUGGGAAAACUUACACAUUAUACACUACCUGCGCCAAAUGGUGGACCAGUACUCACGCACAUUCUGAACAUGAAUUCAGGGUACAAUUUUACAAGUGCAGACACGUCGACAAUAGAGCGCAGUAUCCUAACAUACCACCGCAUUGUCGAAUCAUUCAAAUUCAGCUACGCUUACAGGCCUUACUUAGGAGAUCCUGAUCACCAGACGAAUGCCACUGAGUUCAUGAUGAAUUACAACAAAGUGAUAAGCAAAGCUCAAGCAGAACUUGAUAGGCAGCGAAUUGAUGACUCCAAAACACAUAACACUUCAUAUUAUGCCGAUUUCUUCGCAAAGGCAGAAGGCUACGGUACAACGCAUGUAUCCGUUUUGGCGGAGAAUGGCGAUGCGGCUGCAGCAACCGACACUAUCAAUUUUGCUUUUGGAGCUAAGUUUCGUUCUUUGACAAGUGGUAUAAUAUUCAACAAUGAGUUGGCUGAUUUCUUUACAAAUGCGUCUUACUCCGGUUACUCGUGGCCAAAGGCUAACGCCCCUGGACCGGGCAAAAGGCCGCUAUCAUCUACCUGCCCAUCUAUAAUUGUUGACGAAAAUGGUGAUGUAGUAAUGGUAGUUGGGGCUUCGGGCGGUACCAGGAUAACUUUGUCUACUGCAUGGGUUAUCAUGAAGACGCUUUGGUUCGGGAUGGAACUCGGGGCGGCUGUUGUGGAUGGCCGCCCACAACAUGCAUUGUUCCCGGAAUACAUCAGAAACGAGAAGAAAAACCCAAUGGACCCUGCUAUUAUUGACGGCCUUAGGAAGAAAGGCCAUGUAGUUUUGACUAGUUCCCUUUUUGCCGUUGUGCAAGCAAUCUAUAAGAGUAAAGAUGGUUUGGUGUACGCAAAAUCUGACCCAAGGAAGUAUGGAAAAUCAGCUGGUUACUAGUUCCGUUUAAAGGCAAAUGCAUCCCUGAUGACGUCUUUUUCUGUAUUUAAAAGCACUUAAAGACAAGUAUAUUUGAAACACUGAUUUAAUAAUUUGACACAAAGACACAUGUAACAUUUUUGCUAGUUUUAUGGCAGAAAUUCUAAUGCAACAUAAAAGAAAAAUGCAUAACAAUCAUUUGUAAGCCAGCACACUAUUAUUGCCAAUUAACUAUGGAAAUGUUCACAUUACCACAAAAGGAUGGGGUGCCAACUCCAACACCGAUCUGCAGCCCUAGAGAGAUUCUGUGACUUUCAGUAUUUAUCUAGUGUAUUUAGUAUUAAUCUUUUCAUUGUAUUACCCUAUCGAAACUGAUUACUUUUUAUUGGUUUUUUAGACAUCAGAUAUCAGGUAUCUAAUGGAGCUUUAUCUUGUAUCAAAUAUGCUUAGAACUAGCAGCACCUUAGUCACAUCACAACUCUACUAGCCUACGCUAAUUUACUGGCCUACGUUAGUUAUAGGUAUAAAUAGUUUAUAUCUACACUUCUUUCGUUUUAACUAGAUAAAUUUAGUUUUGCAUCGACCUAAAUGCAGCUAAAUUAAUUAAAAGAAUCAUG